CUUUUCUCACCUCACCACAAGCCUCCAUCCAAACAGAGUGAGAACAGAUUUGAUAUUUGGGCGAAUUGUUAAUCUGCUAAAACCCGGUGGCAUUUAGAGAUCCAACGGCGCCCUUGGUACCAUCGACGAGAACAAGAAGAUAGACAGACAGAGAGAGAGACACAGAGAGAGAGAGAGAGAGAGCUGCCUCGCCUCGCUCUGCUCUUUCACACAGACACACAAAGGGCCAAAAGCUGUUACCGACACAGAAUCACAGAGAUCUCUUCUAUACAUGUUCAAGUUGUAGAGAGAGAGACAGAGAGAGAGAGAGAGAGAGAUUAAGAAGGAAGGAUGUUGUUGAAGGUUCCUUCAUCGUCAUGCAAUGCCGGGAACAUUCUAGCCGUAAAGAAGCGGUGCCAAUUGCUGGGCGCUUCUUCGAGGCUCGUCUCAAUUCGCCGACGAAACGCUUUGUUUUCUUCUUCUUUUUCGUUUCUGUCUACGUCUCUCCUUUUUCGAUUCUGGCGGUGGCCACCGAAGAGAGAGAGCCCAAGGGCUUCGACAACAACUUGGCGGACCGUCUCCGCCUUGGGAGCUUGACCGGCGACGGCCUCUCCUAUAAGGAGAAGUUCAUUGUCAGGUGUUAUGAGGUUGGGAUUAACAAAACUGCUACUGUUGAAACCAUUGCUAAUCUUUUGCAGGAGGUGGGAUGUAAUCAUGCUCAGAGUGUGGGAUUUUCAACAGAUGGAUUUGCAACAACCCUUACCAUGAGAAAAUUGCAUCUUAUAUGGGUGACUGCUCGCAUGCACAUUGAAAUUUACAAAUACCCAGCUUGGAGUGAUGUGGUUGAAAUAGAAACUUGGUGCCAAAGUGAAGGAAAGAUUGGCACUAGACGUGAUUGGAUUCUCAAGGACUAUGAUACUGGUGAAGUCAUUGGGAGGGCUACAAGUAAGUGGGUGAUGAUGAACGAAGAUACUAGAAGACUCCAAAAAGUCGGUGAUGAUGUCCGAGAGGAAUAUUUAAUUUUCUGUCCAAGAGAACCUAGGUUAGCAUUUCCUGAGGAGAACAACGGCAGCUUGAAGAAGAUAUCAAAACUGGAAGAUACUGCUCAGUAUUCUCGGCUAGGACUGGUGCCAAGAAGAGCUGAUCUGGACAUGAACCAGCAUGUAAACAACGUUACCUACAUUGGAUGGGUUCUGGAGAGUAUUCCUCAAAAAAUAAUCGACACUCAUGAACUGCAAACUAUCACCUUAGAUUACAGACGGGAAUGCCAACAUGAUGAUGUUGUUGAUUCUCUCACAAGUCCAGAACCAUUCGAGGAUUCACCAGUUUCAGAGCUUCAUGGGACCAAUGGGUCUGCUGCCGCUGCAGCAGCCAAAGACGAACAUGAAGACUACUGUCAAUUCUUACAUUUGUUGAGAUUGUCAGGUGAUGGGCUUGAAAUAAACAGGGGCCGCACAGAGUGGAGAAAGAAACCGGCAAGAUAAGCUCUGAUCAAAUCAUUCAGUUUGAUCUUUGCUUUCUUUCUCAUGCCUCCUCUAGUGUGAUUUAUUUUCUUCCAAUUUCUUCUUUCUUUGUGUUCUGUUUUUGUUUUCAUUAUGUUUUCCUUUUAUUUUUUUUUAAAAUUUUUUUCUUGUUUUUUCCUCUUAAUGCUUCUGUACUAGUGUUUUUUCUCCCCUCUUUUUUUGGGGUAUGUGUUUUCUCCCGAGGGAUUUUGUUUCUUCACUUAUAAGAACAGAUGAAUUGAUUUCGGUCAUUUUGUACUUUUGCAAGUAAAACUGCCAUGAAUAAACUUCAAAACAAAGAUUGAAAUUGAAUU